AUGGCACGCCACUCUAGCUGCAACAGCAGCGAGGAUGACCAGGAAGCCGCACGCUCCGCACUCGAGAUCCGCCGCGAGAAGAAUCGCAUCAAGCAGCGUAACCUCCGUCAGCGCCGCGCUACUCAGAUGGCCGACCUAGAGACCACUGUAAACUCGCUUCGCAACAAGGCCCAUGACGUCGAGGACCGCCUCAACAUGCUCGAGGCCCGUGAAGCUAGCCUUCAGGCUUGGGUCAGAGAGCUCGAGAACGCCAUGAUCGCACAGGGCCACCGCGAACAGGUAGACACUCUGCGUCGUGUCUGGGGUCAGUCGGCAGGCAUGAUGCCCGCGCCCCACCACCCCCACGCCCUCUCUGGCGUUACCGACAACACUGGUUCUCGCGUCGACCCACUUGCGACCCUCGCUUCCGCUGCCUCGACCUUUCAAAACCCCCGCGCGGCCCACUCCUACCCCAUGCGCUCCCACAAUGAUGACGAUGACACUGCUGCUUCGCGCAAGCGUAGGCGUGACGACGACUAUGAAUACGGUGCUGGUGCUGGCGCUGGCGCUGGUCCUGGUGUUGGUGCCAACCGCGGCGACCGCCUUGCCUCGCCCAGCCGUAUGCGCAUUUCCGACCUCGUCCUCCCCCUCCCUAGGCCAACGGGUUCGGCGCCGGUUCUGCACCAGCCUCACCCUUUCCCCGCUUGGACUGCACACCUUCCAGCGAUCGACCAGGGGUUUGCCGGCUACGAGGACAAGCCGAGGCUCAACUCGGACGCGCGCAACGUUACGCCUUCUGACCGUCGUCCUCUUUCGUCUUCGAGCAACAACACGGCACGCACAUGGUCGUCGCCGGUGCAGUCGUUUGAGAUUCGUCUCUGA